UUAGCUUCGUGUUUCUUGCUCUGUUUAGAUCAUUUGCGAAAACAAUUCAUGAUAAAUAAUGUAAUGAGAUACUUCUACUAGUUGUUCCCUACAACGGUUUAUUUUCUUGUCUAAGUAGAGAAAAAAUAUGCCAAGUUCGGCCAAAGUAUCUCACGCAGUGCGAAUGUUGAAUCCACCAUAAUAAGAUUCCUGAACAAGAAAAAUCAAUCGCGAACAUGGCCGCUAAAUAUCACAGCAGAUGACAACCAGGCCCUGGCCACUUUGUCAACUAAGCCAUAGGUAAGAGAGGUCAUGACACUUGAAAGACCAAAACCUGUCCAAACUGUUGCUGCAGUGCAGGGCCAGAAAAAUACAGUAGUCACUACAACACUUAAUGUACCCAAGAAAGACGAACCCAUUAAUAGUCGUAAUAGUCCAACUCAUUUGAAUGUGCUGUCAUACAACACAGAUGGGGACUCUGAAGAUUUUUCAAAGAAAUUUGAGAAUAGCAUGCUGCGCAUUGAACAGGGUGUGGAAAACAUUACAGUGACCUCUACUAAGACUGGACCUUCCACAUGUACCUCCACUGCUACCACCCCCCAGAGUCUGCAGUCCAGCACAUCUCAGGGGGAGGAUGAAGAGGAUGAGGGGAGUUCCCCUGGGGGAGAGGUUGACUACAGGCAGAGAGGGUUCUUAGAGAGCCUCGUGGGAUGUCUGAAACCAGUCUGGUCUAUGCUGGGAAAAACUGGGGCUGCAGAUCUGGAACUGAAACAGCAACAUCAGCAAGAUGACUGGGAAAUUCCCUUUGAGAACAUCAAGGAUCUCCAGUGGUUGGGUAGUGGGGCCCAGGGGGCAGUGUUCCUGGGGAAACUGGACCAAGACCCUGUGGCAGUGAAGAAAGUUAGGGAAGUCAAAGAGACGGACAUCAAGCAUCUAAGGAAACUGUUCCACCCAAACAUUAUAUCUUUUAAGGGAGUGUGUACUCAGGCACCAUGCUACUGCAUCAUAAUGGAGUACUGUCCUUAUGGACAGUUGUAUGAAGUUUUGCGGGAUGGAAAAGAAAUUCCCCCAACUCUAAUUCUGGACUGGGCAAAACAGAUCACCAGUGGAAUGAAUUACCUGCAUUCACACAAGAUUAUACACAGGGACUUGAAGUCACCUAACAUACUUAUAUCAAAGAACGAUGUGAUCAAGAUCUCUGACUUUGGAACAUGUCGAGAGUGGAAUGAAAAAAGCACAAAGAUGUCAUUUGCUGGCACUGUAGCUUGGAUGGCACCUGAAGUCAUCAGAAAUGAAUUAUGUUCAGAGAAAGUAGAUAUAUGGUCAUUUGGGGUGGUUUUAUGGGAACUCCUGACAGCAGAAAUCCCAUACAAAGAUGUGGACUCCUCUGCUAUCAUAUGGGGCGUUGGGAGCAAUAGUCUCCAUCUUCCUGUUCCUUCCACCUGUCCAGAGGGUAUGAAGCUGCUUAUGAGGCAGUGUUGGAGUUUUAAACCCAGAAAUAGACCCUCCUUCCGCCAGAUGAUGAUGCAUCUUGAGAUUGCUUCGUCAGAGCUAGAGAAUAUUCCCAGUGAAGAGUUCUUCAUACAGCAGAAAUACUGGCAAGAAGAGAUUAAAGAGCAGCUACAGAAAAUAAAGAGUAGUGGCUCCAAUUUACGUCCACAUUUGGAAGAGGAACUAAUUAAAAGGAGAAGAGAAGAAUUAAGACAUGCUCAGGAUGUGAGAGAACAUUAUGAAAAGAAACUUGAGAGAGCCAACAACCUAUAUAUGGAGCUGACAGCAUGUAUGUUACAACUUGAAAAAAGAGAGAAAGACUUACUGAGGAGAGAACAGUAUUUGACAGAAGGCAAAGGGAGGAGACCCAAGAGUAUUCUCAAACCAGUUAUCAAAGCUCAGGAGAAAAUGGAAAGAAAUGCCAAGAAGCGUUACAGACCAACAUCUAUAGACAACAGUCCUACGUCACCAGGCAAAGAGAGUCCAUUAGGCACAAACCCUGACCAGCCCUCACCAAGACGCAUGCGCAAAAUACGUCAUCGUCGUAACAACAGUCGAGGCUCAAUCAGUCAGAUUCUUGCUACCUCUAGUAGUCCCAUGAAAACUUCUCCAGAAGUGGAUGCUGCUGAAGUUGCUUCCAAUAAAAUUGCUGGAUUUGUCAUUGAUACUACCAAGUUUUCGCCGUCAGGAUUUAGAUAUCUUGGACCUGGCACAGCCAUAAGGGAAAUAAAUGACCCUGCCCAAAAGCCCGAGGACUCAGUUCCCCAUGCAGCAGCAGCUUACUUAUUUUCAAGAGAGCAUAAUAUCAAUGAUGUCUGCUUUGGCUGUGAUGGGAGCUGUAGUGACCCAUCUUGUAGCAGUAAGAGGACAACUCCAUCUGGUGACCAACCUGACACUGGCACCAAUCCUAGUGCUGUGGCAAGCCCAGAACCUGUAGACACUCCAGAACCUUCAAAUGAGAUUGUAAAUGACUUGAAUGACAAGCCAAUGAUAAUUCAAAACUCUAAUGAAAAUACCGAGUUAGAUUAUAACAGUAACAAUGGAGUUUUAAAGCUAAGAGGGCAUUUAGACUCUGAUAGUAAUACCAACUCUGAUGCCAUGACUAACAGUAUGACAAUGAAAAGAAGUGUCAGUGACUCUCCGGAUGUUCCUAAAAAGUUGCCUGCCCAUGCCAUUAGUUGUGACACAACAGAUUCUGAGGCAGCAAGAGAUGGAGUGCUGAGUUCCUCACCCAGGGGAAUACAUGAUCCCUCAUCCGAAGAUGAAGGUGAUGGAGAGGACAGUGACUUUGAUGGGAUGCGUCAAAGAAACCAUGUACCUCACCGCUCCUGUUCAGUCAGCUCAGCAGAGAACUUGUCCGAGGAUGAGAACACUAGUGACCACUCCUCUCGAAACACCCCAGAGGGACUCCUGUCCACUCUGAGCACUGAGAAUCUUCACCAGGAACUGACCAAUGGAAUGGCUGACAGCUUGUCAGAUAAAGAGUGUGCCAUGAAGAGAAUCAAGAGUCAAGUAUCGAAUUCACCUAGCAGGUAUAAGACUGUUAUGGCAGAUUCUUCAAGUUCUGAGAGUGAAGAUGGUUGUGCCAAUGAGAGCAAUUUAACCAGGAGCAGCUCUGAGGACAGGUGGUUUCAUGGAUUACAUUCCUAGCCAAGAAGAUAGAGUUUUAUGUCAGAUUGUUUUGCAUAGCUUUUAGAAGUGCUCAGGAGGAAAUGGUGAAUGUGCUCUAUUUUCAGAAAGUAAAUCCUUUAGAUCUUGCUUGAGAAUGAAUAGCUCUGAAUCAUUCAGUUCCUUUGAUCUGAGGAUAUGUGUAAAUUCUCAGUCAUGUAUUGAACCUGUCUGGGAUUGGUAGUAUACAUUUUACCCCAGAAGGAUUUGUAGCAGGAUUGGGAUUGGCUUAGUAUGUUAACAUGCUUUCAGAUAUGUGAAGGAACAUGUAAUAAGUGGAAGGUGUUUUGUUUUAAUUGUUAUUAUAUUGGGGUAUCCAUUAUCUAUUAUCUGGAGAAUAGUUGUAUGGCAGAUGCAAUGUCUCAUGCACUUUUCAGCCAAAGAAAAAGAUGAUAAUGACAUUUGUUGGGUUGCUUCACAUAAGAUGUUUGAUGACAAAUUGGGUAACCAAAUACCUUUUGCCCUUUGAAGAUGUUUUUUUCACAAAUGUGGUAACCAAAUACCUUUUGCCAUUUGAAGAUGUUUUCUAAAUACAUGAACGGUCUUGUAAAUAACUUGCAUAAAUACAAUUCACAUAAUCAGUUGCAUACAUUUCAGUUGGGGCUUUGAGCCAGAUUUCAGAUGUGUAGAUUUGUUAGAUGAACUGGACAAUUGGAAUGUUGAAUAUGAAACAGAUUUUUCUGCAGUUUCUGGUGGUACUCAAUUUUUUGUAUCAGAAUGGGUUUCUUUAGAAGACAAAACCAAAUGAUUUCAUAUAUACUUGUAUAUAGAGUAAAUUGGUAUAUAAUAAAAUGCUGCAUUUGCAGAUAAGAUAUUUAAAAAGAAUAAUAAUGUUAUAAGAUUUGUUGUUUGGAUAUUUUGUUGCCUGUCCAGAUUUUACAGUUGUAGCAAGAGAAUUAUGCAAAGCAUGAAUGUGUGCUCUUCAGUGACGAUGAAAUUGUGAAAGGAUAUAUGUUGGAGGAUUGUAGUACAUUCCAAAUACCAUUGUAAACAUAAUCAGUAAAUUACACUGAUAUAGGUAGAAAUCUAUUUUUGUGAUAAUUCUUGUUGUAUAUAUAAAUGGUCAACAGUAUCAAGCUUGUGUUCAUAGAAGAUUUAGAAAGUUGAACUGGCAUCCUUAUUUUUAUUUACACCAAAUCAAUGUUAAGUUGCUCAGGUAUUUGCUGAAUUCAUUCCAUCGUUUUUCUGGAAGAGACAAGAGAUGGAAUUUUGUUUAGUAACAAGAUUUCAAAAUCUUUCAUUAAUUUUUAGUUUUCACUUUAUUUAAGGGAAUUUGAAAACACGGUCUUCAUUAAUGAAUUAGAAAUUUUACAUUGAUUUUUACACACAAUUUGGAGAAAAAGGAAAUCAUGCAAUGUUAUUUGUGAAACUUCAAGCCAUCCAAAUUGUGAAAUUGUCAGUUUUAAAUAAAUUCUAUCAAGUACAAAUUUUAUUAAGUCUCGGUGAUAAAGUAGUCAUGUUAUUGUGCCAAUUAGGAAUAAAAUUAUAGAGAAAACUGAUCUCUGUCAAUCCAAGCCAUAUGGUUUCCUCCUCAGUUGAUGUCAUAUGUUAGCCAAUGUAGAAUGUUUGUGAUCUCCAUAUUAAACAUAAAUCAUGAAUAAAUGAUUUUAAGACUG